GUCGUAUUCCUCUCUCUCCUCUCUCUCUCUCAGAGGCACUCAUUUAAAAGCGUCUCCCUUCCAGUUUCCGACCCCUUCCAAACCUCAUUCCUCCCCCCCAAUUUUUUUUUGUUUAAAAAAUUACCGACCUCUUCUCCUUUUCCGAUCAAGCAUACCCAUAUCUAGGACCUUCGUAUCUCUAUAUCACACAUCGUCACUACUUGUCCUCCAUAGAAGCACAUCGAAUGAUGGCCGGUAAGAACCUUAAAGAAGGCGAUGAAGGUCAUGUAGCGCGCGACGGAAAUGAUGUCGUCAAACGAGCAAGCGAACCCACCAAGGAGUCGACCGACAUUGCCAAUGACUCGGCUACAUCCUCGUCCGCUGCUGCAGCUGCGGAGCCGAGUAACGCAAACGGGGAGGGAAAGAAGGAGGUCGAGCUAGGCGAGAAGAGGGAUCGUGUGGAGGACGAGGAGAAACCCGCUGCACAGGAAUUAGCCGAAGCCGAGAAGGAUGCUGGAAAGGAAACUAAGAAACCGAAGCUUGCUGGAGAUGCUGCCGAUGGCGAGGGGGAGAAUAGUGGGGCAAGAAAUGGUGCGGAUGGCGCUGCUUCUCCACCAAAGAAGAGAGGUCCGGGUCGUCCGAAGAAGUCAGAGAGGGAAGCCAAGAAACGAGAUGAGGCGGCAAAACCAGAGGCUAGUAGCGCAGAGACGAUUUCUGGAAGAACCCGCUCGAAGGCUUCAUAGCUCAAUGGAGAGCAGUUCUCAAUCGUGGGAUUCGGCUGGAAAUUUGACGAUUGCCGUGACAGAAUUGCCUUGUGGUUUGAUAUGUAAAUGUUCUGAUAUGUUAGCUUGGGGGUAGUUUUUCUUUCUUUCCAUUUUCUUCUUGCUAUAGGGUCUUGGGAUAUCUAUUUAUUUUCCUUCCUCCUACCUGGUUUCUCGUUUUGUACCUUUUGUACCUUUCAGACUCGGCACUGAAGAGUCUGUGGUAUCGGCCAUUGCAAAGCCUGUGUACGAGUACGUGUAACGAAAUUAGAGGGAUGGAAGGAACAAUGCUGAUUUCUCAAGA